UGUGGUUUGAUUUGAAAGGUUAAGUUUUAAUGUAGGUGUUAAAACUGCAGCUGCAGUAGCGUCAAGGUCCAGUUCUCCCAGUGCAGUAGUCCAAUCAGCCACUAGAGGGCGCAGGACGACUCUCGCUCCUCACGUUUCUUCUUCAGCUGAUUUUCUGCUUUCUUGGGUUGAUAAACAGGAAGUGUGAGGAUGGCAUCUUCACCUUCAUCGUCCUCCUCUUCCUCAGCUGCAGCAUCAGUGAUCCUAGUGGUCCAGUUCAUCUCCUGCUGAUGCUUCCAGUUCUUCUGGGUUUCUGCUGCUCUGCUUCAUUGACAGCUUCAGCUUUUCUGUCUGGACUAAGAUGAUUGAUUUGCUGCUGGAAACAGAGAUGGUGGAGCAGAUCCUGCAGGGGGCGCUCUGGGGCCUCAGUGUUCAGCGGACGAAGUUUCAGGAUUACCGGCGUCAGUCCGCCCCGUCGCUGGUCAUCACCAAGGCUCUCACCAGGUCCAAAACGUUGUCCAGAGAGAGCGUCUCGUUCCCCACGUGUCCAGAAACCUGUCCGCUGGUCCGGUCCUUCCUGACCGGCUCUGACAGGUUCUUCCUCCUCUACGGACACGCCCAGUUGAAGACGGGCAUGCAGACCCAGGACCGGCACCUCUUCCUCUUCAGCGACCUUCUGGUAAUCGCCAAAGCCAAGUCGGCCAACAACUUCAAGCAGAAAGUCCAGGUGCGCGUGUGUGAGACGUGGACGGCAGGCUGUACGGACGAGGUGUGUGAGGGAAGCACGAACCCGGAGCGGAGCUUCGUCAUGGGCUGGCCCACCUGGAACUGCGUGGCUCUGUUUAGCUCAGCUGAACAAAAGGAGAAAUGGCUUUCCGUCCUCAAGAGUCGGAUAAAAGAAGAGAAGGAGAAGGAGGAGCCGAAGACGAUUCCUCUGAGAGUUUACGGGAAGGGGCUGAACACUUUUGCCGUCACCAAGACACUUCCUGUCAGCAACUGGGACUCGGCCAAUGAGGUGAUCCGCCUCGCCCUGCAACAGUUUGGCAUCAUAGGAAACGUCAAAGACUUCCAGCUGUGGGUCGUCUCCAAGAGGGACAACACACCUUACCCUCUGAUUGGUCAUGAGUUUCCCUUCAGCAUCCAGAUGAGUCACGUGAAAAGCUCAGCGGUUCAGGAAGGAGGCGGCCGGGACGCCGCGGCGCCCCCUGCUGACCGACAGAUGGCCAUGCAGGUGGAGCAGAUGCAGGUGUACAAGCAGUGUCAGUUCAUCCUGAAGCCCCGCCCUGCAGAACCCCCUCAGCACCACCCGCUCACAGAUUUCUCCCAGAAGCCGUUCAAAAGGCGGCGUUCGCUGGUGGGUUUGGCCUUCUGGAGAGGAUCAGCGUCUCACCUGAACGAGCCGGCGGCGGCCGGAGACGCUCCGGGCCGCCUGUUCGGCCGGCCGCUCAGCUCCGUCUGCGUGGACGGCUCUCUGCCCAAGCCGAUCAUGGACAUGCUGGUGUUCUUGUACCAUGAGGGCUGCUGGACCCGUGGAAUAUUCCGCAGGUCAGCCGGGGCGCGGGCCGUCAGAGAGCUCCGGGAAUCUCUGGAUGGCGGAAACUCUGAGCUUCCUCUCACCAAGGAGCACGUCUUCAUCAUCGCCGGAGUCUUCAAGGAUUUCCUGCGCAGAAUCCCAGGCAGCUUAUUGGGCUGUGAAGUCUAUGAGGAAUGGAUGGAUGUGUUGGAGGAAGAGGAUGAUGAGGAAGAGCAGGUCCAAGACCUAAAGAGGAUGAUCGGUCGGCUGGCUAAGGAGAACGCGCAGCUGCUGCGCCACCUGCUGGUCGUGCUGCACGCCGUCCAGGCCAACGCUGAGGAGAACCAGAUGACGUCCUUCAAUCUGUCCGUGUGCAUCGCCCCCAGUUUGCUGUGGCCUCCAGGAGCGCCCUGCAGUCCGGAGGUGGAGGGACGAGGAGCUAAAAAGGUGUGUGAGCUGGUCAGGUUCAUGAUCGAUCACUGUGAGCAGAUCCUGGGGGAGGAGCCGUCCGCCAUGUUUGGGGGGUUGCCAAGGAGACGCAGCAGCGAGGAGGGCGCUUUAGAGUCCUGGGUUUACCCUCUGACCGAUUCGUCCUACGACAGUUUGGAGAACGAGUUGGACGACAGCAGCGGAGGUUCUCCGGGUUUCUGCAGACGGCCUCUUCGACCAAGCAGCCUUGACUCCAUCUUGACGUUCAGCGACUACGACCAGGACCCAGAAGCCCCGGCUGCUGAGACGUCGUCGCCCUCCCCGGAAGCUCAGCGUUCCCAGGGGCGGCGCCGCUCUGAGCCAGCUAUAGCGUACGCUGCCAGGUUCUGUCCCUACAUAUCUGCUGGUGAGGAGGAAGAGGAGAAGCUGGGUGAAAGGUCAAGCAGCGGUGGCGACAUUACGGGUGUAGUCAGUUUGUUCACUCUAUCGUCUCCGGAUCCCACUAACUCAAACCUGGCCAAACCCACGGAUCCACAGACUGUGUCCUCCAAAGAGGCUCUCCACAAGGGGGCGCUGAAAGGCUGCAUGGGCCUCCACCCCAACUCCUGGCUGAAGAAGGACAGGAGGCUUUCGCUGACUCAGCAAGAGAGUUUGGAGGAGGAGAGGCGGGCGGGUGGAGCCACUAAACCAACCUGCAGCAGCCAAGCUAAACCCAAAUCGUCCCGCCGAGGCUCAAAGGACGCAGGAGACAAAGGGAACAUCCAAAACCCGCAGCAGGACUCGCCCUCCAGCCCGUCCCUGCUCCACCGGACCGCAGGCGGCCUUCGCUUUCCCAAACCCGCCAGGCCGCCAGAAUCUUCCCUGACGGUUCAGAUGGGCAACAUGCUCAGCAACCCUGGAGGCAACGUCAACGUAAAGAGGAGCGAAGCACCGUUCUUCUACAAGCCCGGGAGACCCGCUCUAUCCCUGUUCAGACAACCCAAAACUCCAACAGUUGAGGACUGCAGCAGCCGGCUGACUCGGCGCCGAGGCUCAGAACCAGAGCAGCAGAUCGCCGAUCAGGCCUCCGCCUUGACCCGCACCAGGCUGCCCAGUGACCCGGGUCUGAAGCCGUCCCAUGCUGAUCAGCACCCCCGUUUCUGCCUCUCGCCCUGCACCACCAAGGCAGUGAGGGACUACUUCUCCUCCCACCCGCUCAGCAAUCCCCAGAGCAGCCAGGAGGUGGCGCUGGGCCUGGCAGAGAGCCAACAGGAGUGGCUGAAGAGACGCAGCGACGCCACGGCGGAGCCCGAUCUGGAGCAGCUUCUGUUUGCUGAAGAGUCUUACGUUUGAAAUUCAGUAACAGCGUCUACCGUAUAUUAUUCAUUUAAAAAAUGAAAAUACCUUUUUAGAAGUAGUCAAAUCAUCUUCUGCUAACAAGACAGACAAGUUUCAGUUCUUAGUUUCGGUUGCUUGGUGCCUUUGAGUUGAAUGUUGUGAUAUCAGUGGGUAGUUUUCCAUCUUUAUAGAUGUUGCCAAAAAUACCUGCUGUUGCCUUCCUUUAUCAAUAACUAAACUUAUAAUUGGAUUUAAACGUAGGUUUACACACAGACUGAUAAUUUCAGCAGCAAGGUUUCAUUUUCUGCCAAAUAACCAUAAACUAGAAAUAUUUUAGUCGUUCUCUCAUUUAGAAACAUUUACACUGAGUGGUUUUAAAGUUAAAAAUGAAUAUUUCUACAUGAGGGCAACAUUAUUAAAUACUUUUGCUGUGGAUGCAUGUCCAGUUCAUGACAGCCAUUUUUCUUUACAACAUAAGAGCUGAUCAAUAUAUCAGAAAAUUAUUGGUUAUCACAAAAUCACUGAACACACUGUGAUUAUCAUGAAAUGCAGUAAAUAUAGAUAAUUAUUGAAGGCGUUCUGUACCUGUAGUUUAUUUAGUGACUCUGUUUAAUACAUAAUAAAUGUUUUAGAGUGUAUGGUGGUAGUGAGGUUAAUCCUUGAUGUGAAGGUUGUGGGUUUGAUUCCCGUCUCAGACCAUUUGCUUCAUAUCUUCCUCUAUUCUCUCCAUCCUCAUACAUGUUAAAUAUCAACCAUUAGAGCUCAAAAUGUCUUCAUAUUAAUGUUUUUUUACAGUUCACCCUCAGUAACACAGAUGAAUAAAACAAUUUAUUUAUAUUGAAUCAGACAUUUGGGUCAACUUUGUGGUCUUUGGUACCGAUUCUAAACUCUGAUCUUUUUCUGUAAAUUCACCAAUAAAUCCAGAUGUUUUCAGAUGUUAAAAUGUGAAGAUUAAUAUUAAACUGCAGAGAUUAUUAUUUUAAUAAUCUAUUUGAUUUUCAACGCCUUGAACAAAUCAGAUCAGAUGGAGGAAAAAAAAUCAACUUUCAGCUUCAUUUUAUCUUCUUUCCAGACAAACCAGACGGGCUGAACAGAACAGAACCUGAUUUUAAUGCUUUUGGUGACAAAGGAACCCAGAAACAGGCGAGACGAGCAAAAUCAGAUGAAAAUCAGAACCAAGACCACCUGAAUAAAACAGGAACUGGGCUCAAUAAAAAUGGACUGUAACUAAAGACUACAACUGUAAACAGUAAAUAAAGAAAAAAAAACUGACAAAGUGAACAGAAC